CAGAAAUUUAGCGGACUAAAUCUGAAAACAAGUUACAUGUAAAUUAUCCAGCGUGCGCUGUAACAUAAACAUUGGAAAGUUAGGAUGCAAGUGGAUGGACGGAGGAAUGUUGGAUUUUAACAUAAUUAAGUUAAUUCUGUGCACUUGCUUUCAAAAAUGAAUAAAUAUGGAUUUAAAGUUUUUAUUUUGCUUCUACCACUCUUCAGUUUAGGAGCUGGAAAUUCGUGUUAUGACUCAAGUGGUAGAGCACAAAAGUGCAUGACGGAAUUUGUAAAUGCUGCUUUUAAUCUGACUGUAGAAGCAACUAAUACAUGCGGAUUAACUGGUCCGCAAGAGUUCUGCUUGCAGACUGGAAUGCGAAAAUCAUGUGGUCACAUUUGUGAUGCAGGAUCUCCGUCCCAAAUGCACCCACCGGGCUAUAUGACAGAUUUUAACUUUCGAAACGACUUGACUUGGUGGCAGAGCGAAACUUUGUUAGACAGAAGAGAAGCGUGGCUGAACACUCCUCAGCAGCAAGUUAAUCUUACACUUAAUUUAGGUAAAGCAUUUGAUGUUACAUACAUUCGUCUUAGAUUUCAUUCACCAAGACCUGAAAGUUUUGUCAUCUAUAAACGAACAUCAAAGGAAGAUGAAUGGAUACCAUAUCAGUACUUUAGUGCCUCGUGUAGCCGCACAUACAAUUUGCCUUUGGCCAAUUACAUCUCACGACAAAACCAAGACGUAGCAACUUGUUUGAACGAGUACAGUGACAUUUCUCCACUGACUGGAGGAGAAGUGCCAUUUUCAACUCUUGAAGGGAGACCAGAUGCAGGAAACUUUGAGAACAGUAAAAUAUUACAGGACUGGGUAACAGCUACCGAUAUCAAAAUUGUGUUGACACGUAUGAACACGUUUGGUGAUGAGACCUUUGGAGAACCCCGUGUCUUGAGAUCAUACUUCUAUGCUAUUGAUGACCUGGCAGUCGGCGCAAGAUGUAAGUGUAAUGGUCACGCCAGUCGCUGUGAAAUAGCACCAAACCGUGAUCUUGUAUGCGAUUGUGAGCACAACACCUCCGGACCUGACUGUAAUAUAUGUAAACCUUUUUACAAUGACAGACCAUGGGCCAGAGCUAACGAAGAAGAUGCCACGGAAUGUAGGGCCUGUGACUGCAAUGGAAUGAGUGACGAGUGCUACUUUGAUGAGGAUCUGUACCAAAAGACAGGGCAUGGUGGUCACUGUAUAAACUGCCGUGAUAACCGUGGUGGUAUACAUUGUGAGGAGUGUCUGCCCAACCAUUAUGUUGAGCCGAGAACUAACAGGUGCACAGCUUGUAACUGUGAUCCUACCGGUGCAGAAAAUCAACCGUGUGAUGACCAGGGUCAGUGUCCAUGUAAGCCAGGUGUUACUGGUCAGAGAUGUGACCGAUGUGAAGAAAAUUAUUAUGAUUUUGGAAUCCAUGGAUGCAGGCCGUGUAAUUGUGUGAUAAAAGGAAGCCGAGACAACCAGCCAAGAUGUUACCCUGAUACUGGCACAUGUCUCUGUAAGGAAUUUGUGGAAGGACAGAACUGUGAUAGAUGUAUGCCAGGAUAUUUUGGAUUAGAGAUGGAUAAUCCCUAUGGCUGUAUAUCAUGUUUCUGUUACGGACAUUCCUCAAUUUGUACCAGUGCCACUGGUUACUUCCCUAGAGCUUUACAUACUGACUUUGAAACUGGAAAGCAAGGAUGGACUGGAAUGGACAAAGGCAACAACGUCAUAGAUACACAGUAUAAUGAUAAACUCCAAAACCUUGGUAUAUCUGCACCAGGUAACAACGAAAUGGUCUACUUCAGUGCUCCAGCGAGGUAUUUGGGUGACCAGAGAUUUAGUUACAACCAGUUGUUGACCUACAAACUCAGAAUAGGUGAGGAAGGUGGUGCUACACCUUCUAUAAUUGACAUCAUUAUUGAAGGGGCAGGGCAGAGAAUCUCGGCACCAUUUUAUUCUCAGGGCAACCCCACACCGGGAUUAGAGUCUGCAGAGUACAAGUUCCGGCUGAAUGAACAUCCAUAUUAUCGUUGGUACCCACAACUAAAGUCCAAGUCUUUCCUGUCAAUCCUGGCAAAUAUUACAGCUAUCAAGAUCAGAGCGACAUACAGCACUGGAGGCACAGGAUUCAUAGAUGAUAUUCACUUGGAAACUGCUGGACGAGAGUUAAAUGGCGAGGAAGAGGCAUCUUGGGUAGAGUCAUGUACCUGCCCUGAAGGUUACGUUGGUCAGUUCUGCGAGUCAUGUGCUCCAGGAUUCAAACGUGAUCCUCCGAAUGGUGGACCGUUAGCUUCUUGUGUACCUUGUGAAAGUCGUGGGCAUUCUGACCAGUGUGAUGCUGAAAGUGAUUUGGCUUCCAGCAUGAAUACAACAGAGGACAUUUCAGACGACUGGAGAGAGGAGUUCAGGUCCUUACGUAGAAAGAUACGUCAUCUGGAAAAAAGGGUGAGCGCUCUGGAGAAGAAACAGGCUGGUGAAAACUAGCUAAUAUCAAGGGGAUCUGCAAAGUUAGAGCUGUUGGAGAGGCUGGUAAUAAAGAAGCCAAUAAUAUCUAGAUAGGUAUUCAACAAGAAAUUGGAAAGCCUACGAAACAUACAGGCAACAGCAAAAACACAAAAUAAACAAAAGUUAAAACAACUCAAAGACUGAGCAAAAGUUAAAGCAACUCAAAGAAUAAGCAAAAGUGUAAACGCGUGUGUCAUCUCUAUUGUUUAAACUGUGUGACAACACCUCAGACUGAAACUUAAUGUGUAUUGUCUAGUCAUUAUAGAAAGUAUCAGUUCUUUUAACAUUGCAGAUUUUUUUAUAUAUGAGCCGCACCAUGAGAAAACCAGCAUAGCGGAUUUGCGACCAGCAUGGAUCCAGGCCAGCCUGCGUGUCCAUGCAGUCUGGUCAGGAUCCAUGCUUUUCACUUUCAAAGCCUACUGCAAUUAGAAAAAAUCAUAAGCGAAAAAAAUGGAUCCUGACCAGACUGCGCAUCCGCGCAGUCUGGUCUGAAUCCAUACUGGCCGCAAACCCACUAUGUUAGUUUUCUCAUGGCACGGCUCAUAUGUAAAUCCAGUUAUAAUGAUUUUCAAUGCUGUUUUCUUUUUAUGAUACGAUGUUUAUAUUUCAAAUGCCAAAAAAACUAAAUUCAUCCGC